CAGAUAAUCUGUAGGAAGGUGUGUGCCAAUGUAGGUGAUCGCUGUGCCAGUCUAGUCCCUGGAUCUGUCAGACUACAGCAGGCUCUGCACAGAUGAAUAACACUACGGCUGAACAGUUCUCCACCAUGGAGCCUAAUGAGUCCAUUUUUACCCUGGAUCCCACGACAGGUCAAACUACGUCUGGCAGAGUGGUGGAUAUAUUUAGUAUGGACAGCGAGACUGGUGCUCAGCUUCGGACAGCUGCCAAUAACACUAUCGAUGGAGAUCAGUUAUUCCUAACGACAGCGGCCGCACAGGGCAUCUCCGGGCUGUUUGUGUGGACGGCUCUGCUGCUGACCUGCCACCAGAUCUACAUUCACCUCAGAAAUUACACUAUCCCAAAUGAGCAACGCUACAUCAUUCGGAUCUUGUUCAUUGUGCCCAUCUACUCCUUUGACUCCUGGCUGAGCCUCUUACUCAUCGGCAAUGACCAGUACUAUGUGUACUUUGACUCAGUGAGGGAUUGCUAUGAAGCAUUUGUCAUAUACAGCUUCCUCAGCCUUUGCUUUGAGUACCUGGGCGGGGAGAGUUCGAUUAUGGCGGAGAUUCGUGGGAAGCCAGUCAAAUCCAGCUGUUUCUAUGGAACGUGCUGUCUGCAGGGGAUGUCAUAUUCCAUUGGUUUCCUCCGGUUCUGUAAGCAGGCAACCCUUCAAUUCUGCAUAGUGAAACCCAUCAUGGGUGUCAUGACGAUAAUUCUGCAGGCGUUUGGGAAAUACCAUGAUGGGGAUUUCAACGUUCAGAGUGGCUACCUAUACGUCGCAAUCAUCUACAACAUAUCUGUCAGUCUUGCUCUCUACGCCUUGUUCCUCUUCUAUUUUGCAACCAAGGAGUUACUUCACCCCUUUGAACCUGUGUUGAAGUUUCUUACCAUAAAAGCAGUCGUCUUUUUAUCAUUCUGGCAAGGAAUGCUCCUGGCCAUACUGGAGAGAGGAGGGGCCAUUCCAGAAGUUCAAAUUAUUAAGGGCAACACGGUCGGGGCAGGCACAGUGGCUGCUGGGUACCAGAACUUCAUCAUUUGUAUUGAGAUGCUGUUUGCAGCCAUUGCCUUGCGUUAUGCCUUCACCUGCCAGGUCUACAGAGAGAAGAAGGAAAGCGCAACAGCAAACGUGGCACCUAUGCAGAGCAUCUCAAGCGGUUUGAAGGAGACGAUGAGCCCAAAUGACAUUGUACAAGAUGCCAUCCACAACUUCUCCCCCACGUACCAGCAGUACACCCAGCAAUCAAUGCAGGACUCUGAGCACAAAUCACAGGGACAGAACGGGAACACGCCGGCGACCAAUGGACACUCGAGCAAGAAAAAGAAGCAAAAUGAGAAAAUGAUGCUCAUCAUUUCAGACGAUGAGCUCUAAGACUGGAAACUGUUAGAUGUGAUCGCUAGGCGGAACUAUCUUUGGCCAGUUACUGCAACUGGUAUGGUUUACUGACAUUUCAGGCAAAAGGAUUUUGUAAAUGACCCAUUGACAUUUCCAAUAACGGACCAUGCAAGAAUUGCUGUACACUGUUCAGCAUUCAACAGGCCGUUGGAAUUCUACCUGGACCAAUGCAACUUUCUUACAUGGCCACACCAGUCAAAA